CUCAUCGUCUUCAUCCGAAUCAGUCGGAGCCCUUCAACCGAGAGAGAGAGAGAGAGAGAGAGAGAAAGGGGGGAAACCGGGAAAAAAUACAGUGGAAGGAGGAAUGGAUUUGAAGGGAAUGGACGCAGAACAGCUGAGAGAGUUCGGUCACAGAAUGGUGGAUUUCAUUGCCGAUUAUUACUCCCACAUCGAGAGCUUCCCUGUGCUCAGUCAACCAGGUUAUCUACGCGGGAUCCUGCCAGAGUCGGCACCUACUUACCCCGAGACAUUGCAGGAUGUUCUUCAAGAUGUGCAGACAAAGAUAUUGCCCGGAGUUACACAUUGGCAAAGCCCAGAUUUUUAUGCAUAUUUCCCCUCUAACAACAGCGUGGCUGGGUUCCUGGGGGAAAUGCUUAUUUCAGGAAUUAGUAUUGUGGGUUUCAGCUGGAUUAGUUCUCCAGCAGCCACAGAACUCGAAAUGAUUGUUUUGGAUUGGCUUGCUAAAGCACUCAACUUGCCAGAAUGUUUUCUUUCUACCGGACAUGGUGGGGGAGUAAUACAAGGCUCAGCUAGUGAAGCUGUUCUGGUUGUGCUUUUAGCGGCACGGGACAGAAUAUUGAGACAAGUUGGGAGAGAGUGUAUAGGGAAGCUUGUUGUUUAUGCCUCUGAUCAGACUCAUGCUUCUCUACAAAAGGCCUCCCGAGUACACAUAGCAGGAAUAAAUCCAGAAAAUUUUCACUCUAUAAAGGCUGACUCAUCUACUGAAUAUGCCAUAUCUCCAAGUUCACUCCAUGAAGCUAUAUCCAAAGACAUUGCAGCUGGUCUAAUCCCCUUCUUCCUUUGUGCAACUGUUGGUACUACUUCAUCAACUGCCAUUGAUCCCCUACUUGCACUUGGGAAUAUUGCUAAGAGUAAUGGGAUGUGGUUUCAUGUCGAUGCUGCAUAUGCUGGAAGCGCUUGUAUAUGUCCCGAGUUUCGACACUAUUUGGACGGUGUAGAAGAAGCCGACUCAUUUAACAUGAAUGCGCAUAAAUGGUUUCUUACAAACUUCGACUGUUCUGCACUUUGGAUAAAGGAGCGAAGUGCUCUCGUUCAGGCGCUUUCCACUAACCCUGAAUACCUUAAAAAUAAAGCUUCUCAAGAAAACAUGGUGGUAGAUUACAAAGAUUGGCAAAUUCCUCUUGGACGAAGGUUCAGAUCGCUGAAAUUAUGGAUGGUUUUAAGAUUGUACGGCUUGGAGAAGCUUCAAAACUAUGUGAAGAACCAUAUAGAAUUGGCUAAACUGUUUGAAGGGUUUGUUUCCGGCGACUCUAGGUUUGAGGUUGUGACCCCUAGAAAGUUUUCAUUAGUGUGCUUUCGGCUUCGGUCACCCCAGAAUGAUGAAGCUCUUUCAAACAAACUCAGCCGCGAUCUUCUUGAUUAUGUUAACUCCUCAGGGAAAAUGUUCAUAACCCACACUGUUCUUUCCCAUAAAUACGUUCUGCGCCUCGCAGUGGGAGCACCACUGACUGAAGAGAGGCAUAUCAUUUCAGCUUGGAAGCUUUUGCAGGAUGGGGCUACUGCAUUGUUAAACAAGACAGUCAUCUUCCAAGCAGUCUAAUUCUUUUGCAUAGAGGAUAUAUAGCCCCUGCCCUCCCCUCCAGGGGCAGUGAUAUGCAAUACUUUUACUGGUGCAUUAUAAGUACUGAUAUUAAGAAUUUGAUUCUUCUAAAUAUAAAUUUAUAUAAUUCCUAAAUAAUUGAUUUAAUAUUUUUUCAUAUUUUUAUUUAUCAAUUACUCCGCGUGUAUAAUAAAUAAUUGAUACUAUU